AUGUUCACUUCUGGGAUUAGCAAUAUGGGGCAUCUGUUGUCGCCUCUCCUCUUGAGCCUGGCAGCAGUUUUUUCCAAAGUGACUGAGAGCCGAGGGAUCCUGGAGAGUAUACAGAGAUUUUCUUUACUGCCAACUUACUUGCCUGUGACCUAUCGUAUCCACAAUGCGGAUGUUUCCUUCUUUCUUAAGGAAGCCAACCAGGAUAUUAUGAGGAAUUCUAGCUUGCAGUCCCGAGUGGAGUCCUUUCUAAUCUACAAAUCCAAGAGGCCACCUGUGUUAAAUGCCAGCUAUGGACCUUUUUCCAUCGAACAAGUAGUGCCCCAGGACUUAAUGUUGUCUUCAAACCCAUUUGGAUCUACUAACAAGUUCUCCUUUAAUUGGAAACUUAAGGCCUUCAUAAUGAGUGACAAAAUUUACCUGAGUAAACCCAAAGUCCAGGUCCUGUUCUACAUCGUGGGCAGGGAUUGGGAUGACUAUAGCACCACGGAACAGCUGCCCUGCCUGCGGGUGUUUGCCUUCCGAGAGACGCGGGAAGUCAGGGGCAGCUGCAGAUUGCAAGGGGAUCUGGGGUUGUGUGUGGCAGAGCUGGAGCUCCUGCCAAGCUGGUUUAACCCCCCCACGGUUGUUGCUGGCCGUAAGAAACCAAUGGAUCAGUCUGAAGGGAGCCCUGUGGAGCUUUACUAUGCCAUACAACCAGGACAUGAGAAAGGGGAAUGCACCAAGGAGGAUGUAAGGAAAAGUAAUGGGAUCCGACCAGGGCGCAAUGACAUUGAUGAGUCGGGACCUCCCUUGCAGAGGAUUGGAAGUGUUUUCCUUUACCAGACAACACAUGCUGUCCCUUCCUUAAAUGAAAUGAGAUUGGAUAAUAAUAUUGCCAUCCAGUAUGCACCAAAGACUGUCAAGCAAGGUGACAUUUUGACUUUCCUUGUAUCUGUUGCUAAAAAUUCAACAGAAGAUCAGUUCACACUGAGGGCAAAGGUGAAGAAAGGUGUGAACGUUUUCAGUGUAAGAGCCAGCAGCCCAUACUUAUGGGACAUCAGAGAGAGCAUGGAUUAUACUGGGAAAUAUGCACCAGCUGUUAUUGUUUGCCAGAGGAAAUCUACUGCCUCCGAAAACAGUGCGGAUGGUCCUUCCUCUGAAAUUAUGCAGAUUGAUUUUGAAAUUGAAGAUCUAACUGAAUUAUCUGGGACCCAGCUCAUCACAUGGCAGGUAGAAUAUCCUGGAGAUACAACAUCUGAUCUAGGAAUCUCCAAGAUCUACGUAAACCAGAAGGACCUGGUAGGAGUUCUCCCUUUGGCUAUG